AUGGAAUGCGAUUUUUUCAAUGCACACAGAAGAACUUUUGUAUUCUGGAUACAACCUCUAGAUUACAGCGUGCCGAGACGACUCAGGCGGGAGAGAAAGGGAAUAUACACAGAAGUGUCAGAUAGAUACUCAAGGGCCAAGGCGAUCUUGAAAAUAUCAUGA